GUCGUGCUAUGGAGUUGACGGGUUUCAUUUAUUCACAUGGUUGGGUUUUGAGGUUGAUGAGAGAUCAAAUCAAUGCUCGAGAGCUUCUUAGACCGACGGCAACGUGGUUUGCCACUUCAUUUUUGACUUUAUCAAGCAUCCAUAAGCAGAAGAAUAAUCUAAGGAAGAUGUUUUGCUCCGAAAAGUGGAUGAAAAACAAGUGGGCAAGAGAUCCAAAGGGCAAAGCAGCGGAGAGGACAGUUAAAAUGACUAACUUUUGGAAUAAUGUUGUUCGUGUUCUCAAGCUCACGGGUCCUCUUGUUCAUGUUUUGAAGCUUGUUGAUAACGAGAGGAAGCCGGUCAUGAGGUUUAUUUAUGAGGCUAUGGAUAAAGCCAAAGAGGCUAUUGCAAAAGCCUUUGGUGAUGAUGCUAGCAAAUAUUCGGAGGUAUUUGAGAUGAUUGAUAAGAGAUGGAAUGUUCAGUUACAUCAUCCUUUGCAUGCUGCAGUGUUUUACCUUAAUCCAAUUUUUUUCUAUGCCCACCCUAACAUUCAAGCCGAUAAGGAGAUCAUGAAAGGCCUCUGGGAAGUCAUUCAAAAGCUUGUGCCACAACAGGAUCAAGAUAAAAUUUCUCAAGAGUUGACUUUAUACAAAGAAGCACAGGAUCUAUUUGGCAUGCCUAUAGCUAUUAGAAACCGAGAAAAGAAAUCUCCAACUGAUUGGUGGGAUUCUUACGGUGCAGCAGCUCCGGUUCUGUAGAAACUUGCUAUAAGGAUCCUUAGUCUCACUUGUAACUCCUCUGGGUGUGAAAGAAACUAGAGAACUUUUGAACAAGUAUGUUUAAUUUUAUCUAAUUGAAUAAACAUAUGCUUAAAGAAUUAAGGA